CCCGGCUCCCUGCGCCGCCCCCGGCCUUGUGCCCGGGCCUGGCACACCGCCAGCGAUUAGCCGUCUUUUCCUGACCUCACACUGUGGGAAUGCCCCACCUGUGCUGUGGAAAGAGAGAAGCAAGAACUUGCUGAGAGAGGCAGAGUGGUUCCCUGCAUCUUUGGCUGAGGUUCCCUGCCAGACACUUCAGCUCCAAUGAGCUUCCCAGUGCCAUGGAGAUCGAGGUGCCUGCAGGAUCCAACAAGAGUAGAGAAGACAGCAAAUUACCUAAGAUGUGAGAAGUCCUCCCUUAGUGAAAUAAAAUCUUGGUUUCAAAAUGGACCGAAGUAAGCGGAACUCAAUAGCAGGAUUUCCACCACGCUUGGAGCGCGCUGAAGACUUUGAUGGUACCACUGGAGAAGGGACUGCAUCCCAGCUGGGAAGAGUUUGUACCUCUUCAUACAGAGCCCUGAUAAGUGCCUUUUCCAGACUUACUCGUCUUGAUGAUUUCACAUGUGAGAAAAUUGGCUCUGGUUUCUUCUCUGAGGUGUUCAAGGUAAGGCACAGAACUUCAGACCAGGUAAUGGCUUUGAAGAUGAACACACUGAACAGCAACAGAGCAAACAUGCUGAAAGAGGUUCAACUUAUGAAUAGACUCUCACAUCCGAACAUCUUAAGGUUUAUGGGUGUCUGUGUGCAUAAAGGACAGCUGCACGCUCUUACUGAGUACAUCAAUUGUGGUAACCUGGAACAGCUACUAGAUGGCAACCAGCACCUGCCCUGGACAGUGAGGGUGAAACUGGCCUAUGACAUUGCUAUGGGAAUCAGUUAUCUUCACUAUAAAGGCAUUUUCCACCGAGACCUUACAUCCAAGAACUGUUUAAUCAAACACGAUGAGAAUGGAUACUCAGCAAUAGUUGGAGACUUUGGUUUAGCAGAGAAAAUUCCUGAUCACAGUGAGAAGUUACCAGUUGUGGGUUCACCUUUCUGGAUGGCACCAGAAGUUCUCAGAGAUGAGCCCUACAAUGAAAAGGCAGAUGUGUUCUCCUAUGGCAUAAUUCUGUGUGAGAUUAUAGCAAGAAUACAGGCAGACCCAGACUAUCUCCCUCGCACAGAGAAUUUUGGAUUAGAUUAUGAUUCCUUCCAGCACAUGGUGGGAGACUGUCCUCCUGACUUCCUCCAGCUGGCCUUCAACUGCUGUAAUAUGGAUCCAAAGUUGCGUCCUUCAUUUGCUGAUAUUGUCAAAACACUGGAGGGAAUGUUAAACCGCCUGAGAAAUGAGGACUCGGAGAGAGACAGAAAGUUCUCGAACCUUGACAACAAUGAAAGAAAACCAAAAGGAUCAAUUGACAAAGGACCAGGAGUAAAACGUUUGAGUUCCUUGGAUGAUAAGAUCCCACCCAAGUCACCCCGUCCGCGCCGCAAUAUCUGGCUGUCACGCAGCCAGUCCGAUAUCUUCUCCCGCAAGCCCUCCAGGAAGAUCAACGUGCAGGACCCCUACUACACACCCAGCAAAGGGUUAGGCCGGAAAGUGAAUCCCUUCAGUGCCCGCGAGGACCUCAAGGGGGGAAAGAUCAAAUUCUUUGACAUGCCAAGCAAGUCUGUGAUCUCCCUGGUGUUUGACUUGCACUCUCCAGAGGCAGGUGGAGGCCUGAAAGCCAGCCAGUCCCAGUUCCGGCAAGCGUACAGCACAGACUGGCAAGACCUUUCCCUUCUUCCUGGGAGGAGAUGCAGAUCGCUUCCACUCUCCCCUGAAUUACCACACAAGGAAUAUGGCCUCUUUGGGGGACUGUCUUCAACUGUGGGCAGGUGUGACCCAGCCCAGUUAGGUGCAGAGGUUCGGCAAAAACUCUUGAGUAGCACUAAAUACGGUGUGUCAGAGAUUCCCCCCUUUCAUGCCAAGCCUCACAGAACAGAGUUUCUUCUUGCACCAGGACAAGAAGAGGAUAUGGACUGUUCAGAUGGGCCAGUGGCCCAGGAGGAAAAUGGGUUUUGCCCUGUUGAGAACACACGUGGAGAUCCAGCAUGUGAUCAACCAUUAGUGCUGGCCCAGUCUGGGUCACUAUCUUACAAAAAGCUCCCAGCUGAGAAUUCAGUGAACUCUGAGGGACGUGGCUCACCACAAGUCUUUGCAGGAGGUCCCCCUUCUGAAGAGAUGGAGGUAGAAGAUGACCUACUGAAAAUUACUGUGUUAGAGUCUACAAAGCCUCUGUUCAGUGUUAGUCCUCCCACUGAGCUGGAGAGAGAGGCAUGGCCCUUCAGGGAGCAGGAUGGGGACAGUCCUGCCCUGUUGUCUCAGACCUCCUCCAACAUCUCAGCAAGUGGCAGCACAAAGUCAACUUGUGACAUAUGAAGAGAGGGCUCAAACUGAAUGUGUCCUUGAGUUGUUCCCAGCUGCUUAAACGAAGUUUUCCUGCAGUGCUGGGCUUCACAUCUGAAAGAGACUCAACAAGCUGGCUGGAAGACAGAUAGCUGCAGACAGUGUCUGAAGAGACUGAUUAUUUUAUAAAACUUUAUUUCAAA